AUGGAUGCAACUACGUGGCAAGAGGAUUGGGCAUGGGCCCGUCCGAUACUGAUUGACGUGGUUCUAUGCACGGCUAUCGGCGUAUAUGCGAAUAUCGACUUGGAGUAUUGGUCUGCUGAGUUAUGGAGUUUGCUGGGCUACAAGUUUGGCAGCUCAUUCGGAUUGCACAGCCAGAUGGACGCAUGUGCCAUGUCUACAUAUCGGCUGGUUGCAAAUACUUGGUCGGAUCCACCCAAGACAGACUGUAAUCUUACAUGCGCUGCUUUGGCAAAGAGCCAUUAUGAUGGCCUAGCCCUUGGGCCUGAUCUCUGUCAAGUUGUCAACAGUCUUGCAGACUUUGACUGGCUCUAUCUUGAGCCGUCUUUUCUCCAGCAGGAUGUGCUUGAUGGUGUAUCAAGCCAUCAACCGUGUAAUUGCGUGAUGAAGUUGGUUAUGCAUCGGCAAAAGAAGUUCUCGUCGGAUACUCUGCAAUGCGAGGUCAGAAUCGUCUCCAACAGAUUGUCGUUUGCUGGAUGGUCGGCACGGCCAUGGCGUACCGAUGACGAAGACUGCGAGCUGACAACACCAAUCACAACAAAACAGCAAUCUUCUCUACACAUUGCUAUGAAGUACAACAUCAACAAAGCUUUACAUCCUGCCAAGGACUUUCAGCCGGCUAGUCCGCUACUGUGA